AUGAAUAGAGGAAAUAAAAGAUUUAGAAACGGUCUUACUGACUCAGAAAGUGACGAGAAUUGUGGAAAUGAAAAUAAUUUUAAUCGACGUAAAAGAAGAAUAGUUGUAAUAUAUAGCAGCUCUGAAUCAGAAACAGAAUUGCCCCAAGAGGUUGAUGACACGAACCGUGAAGUAAAAUGGUCAAACAAUCAUUUUGUACCAAAAAUUCAUCGAUUCAAUUCAAAACACUCGGGAAUCUCCAAUCAAAUACGCCUGUCAUCUCAAAUCAUUGAUUAUUUCCAAUUAUUUAUAUCUGACGAGUUAGUAGACAUAAUCGUAGAAGAGUCGAACUAUUAUUUGGCCCAGCAAACCAAUAACAAUAAUCAAGAACCAAUGACGCGAAAUGAGUUGUAUUGUUUUUUGGCCACGUCGUUAUUGAUGACGCGAAAUAAAAAACUAUCACUUAAGGAGUACUGGAGCACGGACGAUUUUCUACGUAGCGAUAUUUUUGGGAAAAUAAUGAUUAGAGAUCGUUACUUCCUGCUACUCAGAAUUUUACAUUUCUCCCAUGAACCCGGAUGCACUGGCGACCGCCUUAUAAAAAUAAGAAGAAUAGUUGACAUACUGCGACACUCGUUCAGUGCGGCAUUUGUGCCUUAUCAAGAACUUUGCAUAGACGAAAGCUUACUUCUAUACAAAGGCCGCCUAUCUUUCAGACAGUAUAUUCCAAAGAAAAGGAAUCGGUUCGGGAUAAAGUCCUUUAUUCUUUGCGAUUGCAAAACCGGAUUCGUGCAGGACAUCAUCAUUUAUACUGGAGCAUCUACAGUUGCGGAUAGUCCAGUCAAGGGCAUUGGAAAGUCUGGAGCAAUCGUCUUACAACUAUUGAAGACAUACUUAGGAAAGGGCCAUACCCUUUACGUGGAUAAUUUUUACUCCAGUCCCUCAUUAUUUAAUCUAUUAUUCGCCAAUCGCACAAAUGCAUACGGGACAGUGACAAAAAGACGACAAGGAAUGCCCAAGAUCGAAAAUAAAUUGAAAAGGGGAGAGAUGUCUUUUCGUAGCUCGGAAAGUCUAUUGGUUUUAAAAUGGAUGGACAAGAGAGAAGUAUACAUGAUCUCGACUAUGCAUACAGCAGAUUUUAUGACAGUAACCAGACAUAGAGGCGGACAGAGUGUACAAAAGCCUGUAUGUGUUGUAGAUUAUAAUAAUUCCAUGGGUAUAGUAGAUAAAGUGGAUAUGGUGAUAAGUAGUGUAAAUUCAACUCGAAAAACUUUAAAAUGGUACCGGAAAUUUUUUUUUCACCUAAUUGAUAUUUGUGUAUGGAAUGCAUAUUGCCUUUAUAAACAUAAAAAGAAGGCAACCAUAUCUAUGGCGAAUUUCCAUUUGCAAUUGAUCAAACAAAUAUGCGAUAAAUACCAUAAAGAUUAUAUCAACCAGCCAGUAAGAAAAAAUGAUUACCCAAUGAGAUUAACAGAAAGACACUUUCCAUCAUUGUUUGUGUCGAAAAAAAAGAACCGGAGCCGACGGUGUGUUGUAUGUAGCAAGAACGAUAAAAGAACAGAAUCUAGAUACGAAUGCAAAGAUUGUAAUGUAGGUUUAUAUAUAAAUGAGUGUUUUAGAAUAUACCAUACCCAAUUGUAUUAUUAA